CGAGAAGCUUGAAAUCGUCCGGAAACAUCACUAACUGAAGAAAAUCAGCCGCUUAAGUGAGGAGUUCAAGAUAUAAAAGGAAAGAAAAAAGAAUACCUCUGAACAACUUGGCACAUUUCAAUGAUCUGACCAUGAGACGGAGCCCGACGAGACCCCGGAUUCUCAAAAGAAGAAAACUGCCUUUUCAUCAAAAUGCGACGGAUUCACAGCCUGGAGAAUCAGGCUCCAAAGAUCCGUCAAUACCAGCUGCUGUUCAGAGCUUUCCUGGUGGUAUCCGCAUCAUGGACCAUCCAUCCAAGUCUGAUACUCGGUUGGUAUACUUUCCCGAAACAGCAGAUCUUCAAAGUGUUAUUGGGGACCUCACAGCUAAAGGCAAUGAGUGUGGUGCCCAGGGCCCAAACAAGUUCAUUCUUCUGAGUGGGAGUGGCAACAAGUGGGACUAUGGAGCUGAUCCUCAGUCUGCUGCUGAAGCGGCUGCUACAAGGAGUACAGAAGGACAUAAAGUCAAAGCUGAAACUACACGCAGUUUCCCAGGUGACAAACUUCUAACUGAAAUUAAACCAUGGAAUAAGGAUGUCAAUUACAGUCCUUUAGAUGACAGCCUUGGUAGGAUGAGCACAUGUGCCUUGGAGCCAAAUUCUACAAAGCAGCUCAGCAGCAAGGAGAACCAGAACCCUUUACUACAGACUUUUCAGGCACACAAUACACAUACCAGUGCAGAAGCUCCUCAGCAACCCAUUUCAGAGAGGCCACCAUACUCCUACAUGGCCAUGAUCCAGUUUGCUAUCAAUAGCAGAAAGAACAGGAGGAUGACCCUAAACGAGAUUUACAUGUGGAUUGAGAACAACUUCCCUUACUAUAGAGAUGUGGCCAAACCAGGCUGGAAGAAUUCCAUCCGCCAUAACCUCUCUGUGCAUGACAUGUUCAUUCGUGAAACGUCUCCAGAUGGUAAAAUGUCUUUCUGGACUAUCCGACCUGAAGCCAAUCGAUGCCUCACACUUGAUCAUGUGUACAAGCCGGGCUGUGAUCCAGUGACUGCCACUGUUCCUGUGCCAAUGCUUUUACUGGCUAAUCAACACCAAAAGAGGACACUUCCAGAUGCAAGAAAAACACCAACUAGCUCUGAGAGAAAGAUGAAACCUCUUCUGCCUCGAACCGAUUCAUACUUGGUGCCCAUACAGCUCCCCGUCACUCCUUCUGUCUACCUGCCAUCCACUUCUACCCCUUUUCCUCCGCCCUGCUCCCAGCAGAAGGGGAACAAUUCACGAGGAACAAAGAGAGUCCGCAUAGCACCGAAGGUGACACAAAGUGAUUCCCCAGCUGUGAUGAUAUCUCCUCAGAAGAAUACGGACUUUAAGGUAGAAGUGAAGGAGGAGCUGGUAUGUGUUCCAAUUAAAUGCGAGACCCCCAAAGCUCCUCCAAAGAGACAAGCCAGCAGCUCACGGCGCAAACAGCGUUUGGUUCUCUCUGUGAAUGAAGAGCCUGUUCUCCUCUGCCACGAAAGUAAUUUCUUUGACUCUGGCGUAGCCUCCGAUGCUUCGACAUUCCAGGACAAUCCACAUAUUGAGCUGGAUGAAGACAAGCAUGGGCAGGAAAGCCCAGAUAGGGAGUUCUCAUUCAAAACCCCUAUAAAAAGUAGCAGCCAUUUGACCUCAUCCACCCCCAGCAAGCCACCUUCUUAUGUUGCGUCUUUUAAAGUGACCCCGGUAGACAAAGGAAGCCAAGAUAUUCUACACUUGAGCCCUAUUCGUACACCAGGUGGUCCCACAGAUACUCCACAACACGACUACACCACCUUCAGCUUCGGCAGCACUCCCUUUAAAGACUUGCCUCUGUUUAACUCCCCAAGAGAGCUGCUCACAUCUGCUCCCUCCAGAGUGACCGGACCAGCAGAGUCGCCCACCGAAUGCCUCAAAAGUAGCUGCUCCAGAGAGCUUCUGCAGGGAGGCAGUUCCACAACAGCCAAUCGCUCAAUCACAGAGGGCCUCGUCUCGGAUACCAUGAACGACAGCCUGAGCGAUUUAUUGGUGGAUAUUAGCUUCUCUGGUCUGGAUGAUGACGACCUUGGUAUGGCGAACAUCAGCUGGUCUGAGUUCAUCCCUCAGUUGAAAUAGCCAGAAAGCCGAAACACAUUCUAUGGCUAAGCAGUGUCACCUGUUUCUUUUUCCUUUUUUUUUCUUUGUGUAAACACUACAUGAUUAGGCCCACACCAAAUUGAUUUGCACAUUUUAAUAUAUAAUUUAGCUUCUACACAAAUUUUAAAGGAUAUAUUUUCAAGAUGCUUCACUGCAGUUUGAGUCAGCGUCUUAGAGCUGACUUAGAAUAAUAGAUUGUGAUGGAGGAUUGCUAGUAAUAGGCCUUGACAAAUAGCACUAACAGGAACAGGACUGUUUCUUUAUUUAACUGUAGGACUUUCUUUAUCACAUGACUUCAUAAAUUCUCACAGUAAUUGUCCUUGUGUAUGCAAGAGUGAAAUGUUGUGGUUUCUAGCAGUUUUCAGACCUUGUACCUGACUAAACUCUGUGUUUCUAAGACAACAAUCAAUGUGUUGGUGCCUCAUAUAACAUGAAGAUUUUUUACUUAUGUUUUUGGGUAUAAGCAAACUUUGAUCUUUUGUCUUGCUCAGAUCAAAUUUAAUGUAGAGACAAGGCGUAAUUUCUACACCCUGAAAUAUUCUUCAAUACAGCAAUGAACCCUUUUGCACAUAGCGUAUUUUAUUUGAAAAACUGUGUAGCAAGACUGCUUAUUUCUGUUUAUAUUUCAAUAAAGGUUUAAACUAUCA